CCAAACGCUGCCUGACAGCGGACCAGAAAACACACAUACUACACUCGGCGGGCGGGCGUCGGUCGCAGGCGUCGCGGUGGCUCGGCACGACGCGGCACGCGCACGCACGCACGCGCGCACGCACGAACCAGACGCGCGGUAGUGGUUCGGCGUGCACACAUCGAGUGUUAGUGCAGCAGUACCAUCAACCCUGAGAAAAUCCCCCAGUGUGGCGUGACAGUGUUGCAGUGCUUUAGUAUUUUCCCGAAAAAAAAAUACAACAAAAAGAAAAACAAACAGAAGAAAAUAAACAGUUUUGAAAUACACCACGAAUUUGGAAUAUUGUUAAAUAUUUGAGAAAAAGUGCAGUGUUUCAGUGAAUUGUGGCCCAGUGAUCGGUGUCAGUGCAGUGUUUAAUUUGAAGAAAAAAGGCGUGUGUCAGUUCGGACCAGCAAACUUCCACUGAGCCAACCGCGCGUGCAGCGCCACGCACAGCCACGGCCGCGGCCACGGCCUCCUCGUCGUCGACCACCUCGGCCGCGACCCGCCGCCACGCCGCCGCCGCGGGGCUAAGAUGAGAUCCGCCCUGCUGGUGUUCGGCGACGGCGGCUGAGCCCGGGGCCCACUCACGCGCGGCCGCGCGCCCCGGUCGCACCCAGGACCGUCACCAUGGCCGUGGAGGGCUCGGUGCUCGUGGGCGCCGAAGCCGAGGCCGUCUUCGGCACGCCCCUCCUCGCGUCGGCGGCGUCGCUCGUCUUCAACCUGACGGCGCCCAACGCGACGCAGCCCAUCAACUGCGACCAGGGCAUGCCUGAUGUCUUCAGCGGCGGCGGGAGGGUAGUGGUGUACCUCAUGUACAUCACCGUGUUCUGCGUGGCGCUGGUGGGCAACGGGCUGGUGGUGUACGUCGUGGCCGGCUCGCCGCGCAUGCGCUCCACCACCAACUACUGGCUGCUCAACCUGGCCGUGGGCGACAUGCUCAUGACCCUGGUGUGCGUGCCCUUCUCCUUCGUGUCCACCUUCCUGCUGCAGUACUGGCCCUUCGGCGCCUGGCUGUGCCCCGUCGUCAACUAUUCGCAGGCCGUGUCCGUGAUGGUGUCGGCGUACACCCUGGUGGCCAUCUCGGCCGACCGGUACGUCGCCAUCCUGCGGCCGCUGCGGCCGCGCCUCUCGACGGGGCAGCUGUGCGGCGUGCUGGGCGUGGUGUGGGCGGGCGCGGCCCUCACCGCCCUGCCCGUGCUGCUGCGCUCCGAGCUGGACCAGCCCAGCGAGGAGUACCGCUCCUGCGACCGGGCCGUCUGCGCGGAGCGCUGGGACGAGCCGCGCUUCAAGUACUUCUACAGCAUGCUGCUGAUGGCGCUGCAGUACCUGGUACCUCUACUGGUGCUCAUGUUCACCUACACCAGGAUCGCCCUGGUCGUCUGGGGCAAGCGCACCCCGGGUGAGGCGCACAACAUCCGGGACCAGCGCAUGGCCGUGGCCAAGAGGAAGAUGAUCAAGAUGAUGGUGACGGUGGUGCUCGUGUUCACCAUCUGCUGGCUGCCGCUCAACACGCUACUCGUGACCUGGGACAACGACCAGAGCGUGGGAACGUGGUCGCUCAUCCCCUACGUGUACCUGGCGUGCCACUGGCUGGCCAUGUCGCACUGCUGCGCCAACCCGCUCAUCUACUGCUGGAUGAACUCGCGCUUCCGCCAAGGGUUCCGGCAGGCGCUGGGCCGCCUGUGCUGCGGCCGCUGCUCGGCGGGGCCCAUGGGGCUGGGCCCCAACGGCACCAUGUCCAUGGCGCGCGGCAACACGCUCACGUCGUACGUGUCGGUGCGGAGGAACAAGUCGCAGGCGGCCAUCCCGCUCGUGCGCACCGCGCUCACCAACGGCCACAACCAGGCGGCGCAGCAGCUGCAGCAGCAGCAGGACAACGGCAACGGCAACGGCAAGCUCAUCAACGGCUAC